UUAGUUUUUCUUAAAAAAAUCCAGAAUUUUCAACCCGCAAAAAUUCAAUUCUCACGACAAUUCAGUUUUCCACUUUGCACUUUCCAGAUGGUUAAAGAAGGAGCUGGAGAUUAGAACAACCCGAAAAACCAAACCCGGCAAAAAGCUCCACACACCCAGCAGCCAUGGUGUCGUACGUGAGCGCGCUGAUCUAUGGAGUGGGAGGCCUGGUGGUGGCCGGCAUGGCAUUGCUCGUCGCCCUCCAGGAGCGCCUCGUCUACGUCCCCGUCUUGCCGGGUCUCACCAAGUCCUACCCGAUUACCCCCGCCCGCCUCCACCUCACUUACGAGGACGUCUGGCUCCAGUCCUCCGACGGCGUUCGCCUCCACGCUUGGUUCAUCAAGCUCUUCCCCCUCUGCCGAGGUCCAACCCUAUUGUUUUUCCAAGAAAAUGCUGGAAAUAUUGCUCAUCGUCUUGAAAUGGUCCACAUAAUGUUACAAAAACUGCAAUGCAACGUGUUUAUGCUUUCAUAUCGAGGUUAUGGAGCAAGUGAAGGAUAUCCUUCUCAGCACGGGAUCAUAAAAGAUGCUCAGGUUGCAUUGGAUCACCUAUCGCAGAGGACUGACAUUGACACAUCUAGAAUAGUUGUCUUUGGAAGGUCACUUGGGGGUGCAGUUGGAGCUGUGGUUGCGAAAAACAACCCUGAUAAGGUUGCUGCACUGAUACUGGAAAACACUUUCACAUCUGUUUUGGACUUGGCUGGAGUUUUAUUUCCUUUCUUGAAGUGGUUCAUUGGAGGCAGUGGUUCAAAAGGUCCUAAAGUACUUAAUUUUCUCGUACGUUCUCCUUGGAGUACAAUUGAUGUCAUUGGUGAGGUUAAGCAGCCAAUCCUCUUUCUAUCCGGCUUGCAAGAUGAGAUGAUUCCUCCAUCCCAUUUACAAAUGCUGUAUGCCAAAGCAGCUGCCCAUAAUAAGCAGUGUGUUUUUGUGGAAUUUCCCACUGGCAUGCAUAUGGAUACUUGGCUUGCUGGUGGUGACGAUUAUUGGAGAACGGUCCAGGAGUUUCUUCAACAACAUGUUCCAGCGAAAAAAGAUGAUGAAUCCUCUCACAGUAAUAGCGAUGUGGGGGCAAAGUGAUUGGAUGGAUUUUAGACUUCUUCAAGCAAUCUGAUUGGCUCUUCACUCAACACAAUCUGUACCUUUUUUUUUGAAGCUGCAGCAAUUGGAAGCUCGCUUUGAGGAGUCGCUCUACAAGGACCUGCUGCACCUGUUCAGGUUUUCCCUGUCGAAGGUUUUUUGUUGGUUUAUGAACUUGAGACAGAUUCGGAGAAAAUGUGAAUGCCUUGGGAUAUACUAUAUGACUUCUGACAUACACGCUCAAUGCCUAAUCCCCGUUCUUACUGACCCAUUGUAUGAAAUAAGAAGUCACUAAAUGUAUAUGUCGAGUUGGUGCACCGAACCGUUUGUAACUUUGUAUUGUAUCUCAUUUGUGGUCCGUUGGGACAAAUGUUGCUUUGAAAAUUGUUUGGUUUAUAGAGGAAUACCACCAGACCAUAGUAGUGAGUGGCUUCGGAGUGGCCUAUUUGAUACCUUUUACUGAUUUAAUUUGAGUCUCAGGCGAGCAAUGUGAUUUGAGUCUUUUGUA